AUGAACGUGUUCAGACUCGUCGCCGAUUUGCUCCACCUGGGGUCAAUUUUCAUUCUCAUUGCGCGCAUACAUCAGACAAGGUCGUGCGCUGGAAUUUCUCUGAAGACCCAGGCUCUCUAUUUCCUCGUGUUCGUGACGCGCUACCUUGAUCUGUUCACGUCCUUCGUGUCCAUCUACAACACCUUGAUGAAGCUGUUUUUCCUGGCCCUGGACACCUUCCGCGUCGAGUACGUCCUGGUCGGCGCCGCCCUGUUCGCCCUGGUGUUCCCGCACAAGUACAAGGUCGUUGAAAUCCUCUGGUCGUUCUCCAUCUACCUUGAGGCCGUGGCCAUCAUGCCCCAGCUGUUCAUGAUGACGCGCACGGGCGAGGCUGACAACAUCACCAGCCAUUAUAUCUUCGCCCUGGGUGGCUACCGCGCCCUAUAUAUCGUCAACUGGAUCUACCGGUACUACUCCGAGGAUAAAUACUCCGAUUACAUUGCCUGGGUUGCUGGCAUCGUGCAGACCGGUCUCUACGCCGACUUCUUCUACGUGUACUUUACACGGGUGCUCAAGGGCAAGGAGUUCAAGCUGCCCGUGUAA